AUGAAUGUGUACCUGCUGGUCCUGUGUCUGGCUUUGCUGCAGCAGGAGGGAAUUGCCAGGCCAGACCCUCCAGGCUGCAACAGUCCUGAGGUGGUGAGGGUGGCAGAAGAGGCCCUGGAGCAGAUCAACCAGGACCGGACAAAUGGAUACAUCCUGAGCCUCAACAGACUAUACGACCUCUCUCACACUCCUGAAAAGGAGAAAGGUGGGUCAUUCUACAAACUGAUCAUUGAUGUCAUGGAGACCAAAUGCCACAUCACCAGCAGGAAACCAUGGAAACAGUGUGAAGUGAGAAACAUUGGUGACGUUCCAGUGUAUGGAGAGUGUGAGUUAUCUGCCUACGUCGACUCUCAUGUCAAACUUCAAAGUUACUCCUGUGCACUCCGUGAAGUUCCUGCCACUGCAGUGGUGGGUGUGUGUCCGGACUGUCCCACAGCUGAAAACUUGAAUGAGCCCGUCAUCAAGGAGACAGCCAAUCUCUCCCUGCAGAGGUUCAAUGAAGAGAGCCGCCUGGCCAACUACUUUACUGUGGAAAACAUUACGAGAGCCAGUUCACAGUGGGUUGUUGGUCCAUCGUACUUUGUGGAGUUCACCAUUCUGGAGACUGUGUGUUCAAAGAAAACAGAUGUCAAUGAACUGAGCAACUGCCCACCUAUGGACUGUCAGUUUGCUCAUAGAGGCUUCUGUUUGGGCUCCCACAUGGCCCAUGAGGACCAGUUUGAAAUCAGACUCUCUGUCGGAAAGAAGGACAGCUCAGUUCAAAAUCAGAAGCCUGUAGAGGUGAAGUGUGAGAUCUACGAACCUCAGGCUGCCGCUGUGGAGGAGCAAGCCCACGCAAAAGCAGACAGUGGGCACACGGGGCAUCAGCAUGACAACCACACGCACCUGCACCCCCAUGAGCACAUGCACUCAGUCGCACCCAGCUCAGACCUCACUGUCUCCAACCCACGGGGCUCCCUUGGGACCGUGGUGGAUCAGCCUGCUCCUCUUAGAUCUUCCCCGGCAGCCAGCUCCUGCCCCGGGCCACACACACACAAUCUGGGCUUAAACAAACUCAAGCUCUAAUUAGCUGGACUACGAGGGUUGAUCUUUGAUCAGCUA